AUGCUUCUGUCUCAAUCCCAGGCAGGCAAGUUGAUCAAGUGCGCACGGCAAGCCCCGUAUGGCAAGGGAAACGAGACUCUGGUUGAUACGACGGUUCGCAACACGCGCGAGCUGGGCCCUACGCAGUUUGAGCCCCGGAACACAGAAUGGCCAGGUUACUUCAACGACACCUGUACCGAGAUCGGCAAGGGACUGGGCAUCGACGCACCCAUUAGAGCUGAACUUUACAAAAUGCUCAUCUACGAGAAGGGUGCCCUUGUCAAACCACACACCGACACCGAAAAGAUACCCGGCAUAUUUGGCACAAUUGUCAUCUGCCGGCCUUCAGCGCAUGAGGGUGGUGACGUGGUAGUCACACACUGUGGCCAGCCGCAAGGUUUACAAAACGACCGAAGCCAAUGUCUCGCUCACUGCCCUGAAAAAUAG